ACGCCGAUAAACACUAAACAAAUCGUGAAAAUAUAAAUUGGGGACAUCGUCUCUCAAAGAGCAAAAUAAUUCCACACUUGACAAAGGCACUGCGGCUGGAGUAGUACCAUUCCUGGACACAUUCUACAUUAAAAAAGUUCAUUCCCAAAAAAAAAAGAAAUAUGGCUAAAACCCGUGUUUAUGUUGUUGGUGUUGGUAUGACCAAGUUUGAAAAACCUGGUCGCCGUGCUGAUGUUGAUUAUCCCGAUUUUGCUAAGGAAGCUAUUACCAAAGCCUUAGCUGAUGCCAAAAUUUCCUACAAUGAAGUGCAACAAGCUACAGUUGGUUAUGUAUAUGGUGAUUCUACAUCGGGACAACGUGCCUUGUAUGAAGUUGGCAUGACUGGAAUCCCCGUCUUCAAUGUUAACAACAAUUGUUCGACUGGAUCCAGUGCCUUGUAUUUGGCUAAACAAAUUAUUGAAUCAGGAAAUGCUGAUUGCGUGUUGGCUUUCGGUUUUGAGAAAAUGGAACGUGGUUCGUUGUCUGCUAAGUACUUUGAUCGUGCCAAUCCCAUGGAACGACACAUUAGUGAAAUGUCCGAAUUAGCUGAAAUUGGACCUGGACCAAUGGCUGCUCAAAUUUUCGGCAACGCUGGCAAGGAACAUAUGAAAAAAUAUGGCACCAAACCCGAACAUUUCGGUAAAAUUGCCUGGAAGAACCACAAGCACUCCGUCAACAACCCCUAUUCCCAAUUCCGUGAUGAAUACUCUUUGGAGCAAAUUAUGCAAUCACCUGUUGUGGUCGAGGGUAUUCUUACCAAAUUGCAAUGCUGCCCUACUUCAGAUGGUGCUGGUGCUGCAAUUUUGGUUUCCGAAGCCUAUGUUCAUCGUUUUGGUUUAGAAAACCAAGCCGUUGAAAUCGUUGGCAUGGAAAUGGCCUCAGAUCCUGAAUCAACUUUCAAAGAUAAAUCUCUCAUGAAAAUUGCCGGUUAUGACAUGACAAAAAUGGCUGCUCAACGUUUGUUCGCCAAAUCUGGCUACAAGCCCACUGAUGUUCAGGUUGUUGAAUUGCAUGAUUGCUUCUCAGCCAAUGAAUUGAUUACCUAUGAAGCUUUGGGUCUUUGCCCCGAAGGUGGUGCAGGCGAACUCAUUGAUCGUGGUGAUAAUACCUAUGGUGGCAAAUACGUUGUCAAUCCCAGUGGUGGUCUUAUCUCAAAGGGCCAUCCUUUGGGUGCAACCGGUUUGGCCCAGUGUGCCGAAUUGUGCUGGCAAUUGCGUGGUUUGGCUGAAAAACGUCAAGUCAAGGAUGUCAAAUUGGCCUUGCAACACAAUUUGGGUCUGGGUGGUGCUGUAGUUGUUACUCUCUAUCGUUUGGGUUUCCCCAAAUCAGCUGGUGUCGUUAAUAAUUUGACUUCUGCUGCAACCCAUCCCACUGGAGAAGGAUUCAAGGUUACACCACUCUUGAAGUUGUUGGAUGAAGAAAUGCAAAAAGACGAAGAAAAUCUUAUCGAAAAGGCACGUGCAAUUUAUGGAUUUAAGGUCACUAAUGGCCCAGGUGGCAAAACCGGAUUCUGGGUUAUUAAUGCCAAGGAAGGCAAAGGCAAAAUCACCUAUAAUGGCAAGGAAAAAUGUGACGUUACAUUCAUAGUUUCCGACGAGGAUGUCACCGAAUUGAUGACUGGUAAUUUGCCACCCCAAAAGGCUUUCUUCCAGGGCAAAAUUAAAAUCCAAGGAAACAUGGGCGUAGCCAUGAAACUGAUGAACAUUCAAAGCGCCGCUCAAAGCCGUUUCGAAACCUUGCGUGCAAAAUUGUAAAUAUUGAGUAAAUGUUAUUUGUAUGAAGUCCAUGUAUGGAAAUAAAAAUGAAAGAGAACGAGGUGAUUGUAUGUAUUUAGUAAUAAGAUAUAUUGUGAAUAUUCCAUUUUAUUUUUGUUAAAUAAACUUUUUUAUAAUGUAGAAAACAA